AUGCCUAGACUGAAGGCCAUCACUACAGGCUCUGUGCCAUCUUUCCUCGAUGUCGUUCUCAACCUUGACGAAGGCGAUGAGUCCUCAAGCCUCGCAUCGCAAGACACCUGGUUGGCUCAGAUGAAGGCAAAGGGCACUGGGAAGCUUGUGAUGUACGGAGAUGAUACGUGGUUGAAGCUCUUUCCAGGCACAUUUGAUCGUGCUGAUGGAACCACGAGCUUCUUUGUCUCGGAUUUCACCGAGGUUGAUCAUAAUGUCACUCGAAACAUUCCUGGAGAGCUCCGAAACGACGACUGGAACACUAUGAUUCUUCACUAUCUUGGACUUGACCACAUUGGACAUAAGGGAGGGCCGAGAAGCCCUCAUAUGGUUCCGAAGCAGCGGGAGAUGGAUGGCAUCGUCAACCAGAUAUACAAGGCCAUAGAAACCCAAGACCACCUAAAGUCGACCCUUUUUGUUGUCUGCGGAGAUCAUGGGAUGAACGACGCCGGCAAUCAUGGUGCUUCCUCGCCUGGCGAGACGUCACCUGCCCUCCUUUUCAUCUCUCCCAAGCUUAAAGGCCUUCAGAAAAAGACUCAGGACGCUCCGCUACCAGAUGCCGAAGACUUUCAAUUCUACUCGACCGUGGAACAGUCCGAUCUGGCACCCACUUUGGCUGCUCUCCUAGGAUUUCCUAUUCCCAAGAACAACCUCGGUGCCCUGAUUCCCGAGUUCUUGUCCAUAUGGCCUAAGAAAACCAACCAGGCCUAUUUGCUGCACCAAAACGCCCGCCAGAUUCAAACCGUCAUCUCGGCUGCUUCGGGUACCAAGACCUUCGACUCUGCUUUGGCUGUAUCAUCCUGUGCCAGCCCCUCGUCCGACUAUGAAGAACUUGCCUGUGACUGGCAAGGUCCUUCAAACAUCCUCAUGUCUGCAAGAGUGGGCGAUGAUAUAGACCCCAAAUGGGCACUGCCUGUUACUAUGUGGCUUCGCAAAGCUCAAGAGCUCAUGAGUGGCAUGGCGAGCAACUACGAUAUGUCCCGACUAAUCCUAGGCCAGGUCGCCGCCCUCAUCGCCGUGAUCUUUGGCCUAUAUGCAGCAACCAAAGCCAUCUCCCUAACCAGUUCCCUCACGCCCUUACUGGUCAUUUCCAUAGCCUACAGCAUCAUGAUGUUCGCCAGCAGCUACGUCGAAGAAGAGCAGCACUUCUGGUAUCUAGCAACGAGCACUUGGUUCGGCUAUCUCAGUUUCCGCGGCUUCAAGCGGUCCAACACCACCUUCCCCCGGCACCUCCUCCUCACCGCCCUCCCCCUCCUCUCCGCCCUCCGCCUCCUCCGGUCCUGGAACCAAACCGGCCAAAAAUUCGCCGGCACCCCGGACAUCGUCAAGCUCUUCCUCGAGCCCAACCCGCACUUUAUGUGGUUUCUCGUUGGCCUCACCUACGUCCGGGCCCACCAGCAACUCGUCGACUCCUUCCACGGCCGGAUCCCGGUGCCCGUCAAUUUCCCUGCCAUGACGGGCCUUGUGCUGGCAGCAUUCACUUUCAAGGCGGCUUUUACGCUCGAGGAUGCUCCCGAACUAGUGGUCCCCUUUGUAAAAAGUAGCUUGCUGGAUUUCACGCGGGGAGCAAGCCUCAUCGCCCGCGCCCGCGCGGUUUUCGUUGGCCUGGGGCUCGCGACAGCCGCGGGGAUGGGGUUCAUACUUUGGGAAUCGAAGACAGUAUCUGGCCUCCGCCUCCGCCGCCAUCAACCUCAACCUCAACCUCAACCUCGACAGCCACCACCAAAGAAAAAGGGUCCUGCGAAGGCCGAGGCCGUCACGAUGCUCCAAAACCUCUACACCAUCCUCGCCCUCACGCAAUCCCGCACGACCAACAUCCCGCUCUUCCUCGUCUUCAACCUCGUCUAUGGGUUCCUAUUUGCUGAGAUCGAUACUGGAAACCUGUCGACGGCGGAACUGGGGAUUUCUUCGUUGCUACUGCAGUAUGCAAGCUUCUUCGCUAUGGGCGGUAGCAACGCCAUCUCGUCUGUGGACCUGUCGAAUGCCUACAACGGCGUGAGCGAUUUCAGCGUUGUGCUGGUGGGAAUCUUGACGUAUGUUGGGAACUGGGCGGGCGCGGUGUGGUGGGUCGUUGGGACCGUGGUGCUUUUGGGGAGGAUUUGGCGGAGGGAUCAGAGACUCGACGAGGGUAAGAGGGGGAUGGAAGAGAUGAAGAUGAUGGUCAAGAAGGAGCAGGGACAAAGUCAGACCGGUCUGUUCAAGACCUAUGUCGCUGUGAUGACGCUGUUUACGGCGUUUAGUGUCGCAGCGGUCAUGGCGGCUUGUACCAUUCUCAGGACGCACCUGUUUGUUUGGACGGUGUUUUCGCCAAAGUAUCUGUACUGCGUGGCUUGGAGCCUGGGUCAGCAUUUGGUGGUGAAUGUUGGGGUGGGUGGGCUGUUGUUUUGGCUUCAGUGGUUGUAG